AUGACUAUCAAGGCCCAGGAAAGCGAACAAAAUUUCACCAGAAUGUUGCGCGAUGCACCCAUCGGUAUGUGCAUGCAUCGAGACGAUGGUCACUGUGUAUAUGUCAACGACGUAUGUCUCGAGCUGCUCGACAUGACUAAAGCCCAGUUCUACAAGGCUUCUGAAGUUGGGCUAGCCUGGCGAGACGCCGUACACGACGAAGACUGGGAGAUGGUCAACCGAAUCUGGAGAUCUGCAAUCGAGAAAGGAAUAGCUGUGAGUGCCGAGUUCCGCGUCAAAGCACAAAGGCCGCAAGGCGAGGUUCGCUGGCUUGAAAUCAGUGCUCAGCAACGACUUGAUAGAGAGGGUAACUUGGAGCAUCUGUAUGUUUGGCUCAGAGACAUAUCCAGCGGCAAACAGUUGGCCGAGCAAAAGUUGCAGGACGCAUUAGAGACAAAGAGGAGAUCAGAAAUCUUUAUCGACAUGUAUGAAAGUGACAUGAGCAAGGUGGCUGUCCCGUCGGCUAAUUUUUGA